UGUCAACACAAAAGUCUCCUCCGUCUCGCCCCUUCCUAUACGAAGGACGACGCUUCCGCUCGACCGCCAUAGCCAAAAAAAAUCACCAAAGUCUGUCAACAGAGUGAGAACGGUACAUAUUGUGCAUCUUUGUGGUUAUACAUUGAUCGGAUAGGGAUUCGUGAUGUCAAUCCGAGUCCCCUCGGCUUCUCAGGAUUCUAGAGGUUUCAUAUUAUGUAUCAUCUUCUUCGGGUCGUUCCCAGGAACAAUACUUACACAAGACGUUAAACUAGAUUCGAUUCUGAUUUUCAAGACGCAUGAGUGGUUCUCGACCAAGCCUAUAGUUUAUUUCCAAUGCAAAGGAGAGAACAAGACUUUGUUUCCCGAUGUGAAGACAACGAACGUGUCUUAUUCUUUCAGUGGCCAAGAAUCUUGGCAGCCACUAACAAAACUUAAGGGAACAAAAUGCAAGAUAUGUGGAAUCUAUGAGGAAGAUACCUUUAGAUAUGAUACAUUUAACGAAUGGGAGCUUUGUCCUUCUGAUUUCACACCUGAGGGUACAUACACACAUGCUAAGGAGAAAGAUUUCAAUGCUACUUUUCUCUGCCAUGGUUGCUCACAACUCGGAGCUGGUUUGAAUAAAGAUUCUGGCACUGACAAGGAAGAAGAAACGCGCGGAAUGCAUCAUGCAAUCGUUGUACUGAUUGUAGUACUUGUGUUAGGUGUAGUUGCGGUGGGUCUUGUGGUAGGUAGUACGUACUGGCAAAAGAAGAAGCGGCAACAAGAGCCGACCCAGUUUCUGUUUGAAGAUAGUGACGAAAUGGAGGACGAACUUGGCCUAGACGAUACCUUAUGAAGCCUAGACAUUGAACUCAAUGUCACCUCUUAUAUACAUACACAGCUCCUUGUCUCACAAACAUUUUUGUUUUGGUCUGAAAAUAAAGAGGAGAAAAUGGAAACCA